UAGAGCUGGGUACCUCCCGGGUCUUUACCCUCUCUCUCCCACCGAAAGAAAGCUCGCGGUUACAGCUGCCCUCAACGGCUGAGGAGAAGAAAAUCUGGCCGAAGGCGGACCAAGGAGGAAGCGGAAGUCGUAUAGGCCACAAGGCAACGCUUCCGGCGGAAGUGGCGCGCGGCGCAGCCCCGGUUGGCUGGGGCUGCUCUGGAGCUUUUUCCUCGUUUUCAGCGGCCGCCCAUUGCGCGGUGUGUGAGGCGGGGGACACGGAGGGAAGCAGGAAGGGGGAAGCUGUGGCCGGCUCCGCGCAGGCGAGCUCGGGCUCCCUGGGUGGCAUCCCCUCCCGCCCUCUCCCUCCGACGGGGCAGCAGCACUGGCGAGAUUUCUCCGGGGCUCCCAGCAGCAGCACCUGAAGGAUGUGGCGGAGGCGCGCCGGUGGCUCUUGUGGUAACGCCGGUAGCUGAGGAGGAGCUUGGGGGCGCUUCAUCCUGCUGAGGCUCGUGUCGGUCUGCGCCUGCUGGCCCCCUAGCGCGGAGGGGGACCCACCUCCGCCGGCUCCACUUUCGCUUUUCCGCCCCCUUCCAGGCCCCCGCGCGAGCCGGUGUUUGGGGGCCGGCUCCGUCCGAGUGGCCCAGAAUGGCCUCUUCGUCCGGGAACGACGACGACCUGACCAUCCCUCGAGCGGCGAUCAAUAAGAUGAUCAAGGAGACGCUGCCGAACGUGCGGGUGGCCAACGACGCCCGGGAGCUGGUGGUGAACUGCUGCACCGAGUUCAUCCACCUCAUCUCCUCCGAGGCCAACGAGAUCUGCAACAAGUCCGAGAAGAAAACCAUCUCCCCGGAGCACGUCAUCCAAGCACUAGAAAGUUUGGGUUUCACCUCCUAUAUCAGUGAGGUAAAAGAAGUCUUACAAGAAUGCAAAACAGUAGCACUGAAAAGAAGAAAGGCUAGUUCUCGUCUGGAAAAUCUUGGCAUUCCUGAAGAAGAGCUCCUAAGGCAGCAACAAGAGUUAUUUGCGAAAGCUAGACAGCAGCAGGCAGAGCUAGCCCAGCAGGAAUGGCUACAGAUGCAGCAAGCUGCCCAACAAGCACAACUUGCUGCUGCCUCAGCCAGUGCAUCCAACCAAGCAGAAUCUUCACAAGAUGAAGAUGAUGAAGAUGACAUUUGAAAUCCUCCAGGCUGCAUUUUGGUCCCUGCAAAGAAGUCGUUGUCCUGCACAACAAAAGUGGCGGAGUGAAUGUCUGCAUCUUGGACCGGCCGUUGGUAUUUUAGGGGUGUCUGCUGUUGUGUGCUAUACAUGUUAAAAACUGUCUCUUUGAACUCUUGAAGACUUAAAGGUUCAGUAUCAUAUCAACUUUGGAUUUUUAAUGGUGUUUAUGGAAAUUUUAGAUAGCCGUACGUCACUUAUUUGAUCAACAAACAGUGUUACAAUAAAAGAGUUUAUAAAAUAUAGCAGAAUUUAUAACGAAGCUCUAAAUUCACAUUUGCAUUUCUCUUCCCUUUUAACUAUAGAAUCUUAUGUAGAAAUUUUUAAUUUGUUUUUUGGAACAGAGUUGGUGUUUAAUCUGCUUUAGGGGGAGGAAAAGCAAAGGGUUCCACAUAAUUUGGUCUGAAGAUAAUUUCCUUGUCUUUUUAAAUGAGGAUGGGAAUAUAUAUAUAUAUAUAUAUAUAUAUACACACACACACACACACACACACGCAAUAAUUAUAUGUGCUGAAACACCACACUUAUCCAAAAUCUGAGAAAUGAUACAUUUUUGCCAAACUAGGAAAAUGUAUGCUUAAUAGGAGUUGUACAGAUUCAUUUUUUUUAUAUAGGGGUGAAAAAAAACCCCAAGAUUUUAUUAUGGCUUUGCUUCAGUGACCUGAGCAAAAUGAAUAUUUCAUUUCAGAUAUUGCCCCCUUUGGAGAACUAAAACAUUUCUUGUUUCACAGCAGUUUAAUUUUAACUGUAGAUGGUAUUACAUGCAUAAUCCAAGCACGUUCAAAUUGUUUAAGUGCGAAGGUGGGACUUGAUGGGACAGAGUUCUUUUAAUUCUGUUCUGAUUGGAAAUGUUUCACCUAUGAAAGAAAACAUUGGCACUAAUGUGCAUGCUCACAGUGAGAGGAAUCUUUAUUUAACUCUGAUUACUUAUUUGUUGUCAGCACAAUGUUAACAGUUUUCAGACUAGUUACCAUAGAUAAGUUUUAUCUUGUGAAACUGACUGCUUCUACAUUCAGGUACUAGUUAUACAGUACAUGAUUCAGUUCCAAGUUUAGUUUGGUGACUGAGCUUCUAGACUGACCAACAGGAUUUGAAUUAAAUAAAAUUCUUUUGUAGUGUGGUGACUGUGGAAACUUCUCAGAGCAGUGCUUGGAUAGCUAUUUGUGUUGGAAUAAAGAACAGUAGAGUCCAUUCUAGAAUUUAAACAUAUACUUGAAGGUAUGUCAGCAUAUUUUUCUGGUACUUUUGGAAGAGGGUUAGAAUCUCAGAUAUCUUGCAUAUUGCAGGCAUCACGCAGCAUUAUGGGACUGCAAGCAUUUUAAACUUUCUAGCAUGGCCUUGAUGGCUACUGAACAUUGUGCAAAAACUGAGAUUGAAUGAAGAAAUCUUGUCUGUGAAGCAGAGAACCAAACUGGGAGCCAAAUUAAGAUCCUUGAAUCUCAGUUAGUUUUAAAGGAGCUUACAAAAAAUAACUUGCACGCUUAUUUAUACACUGGUGGUUGAGAAAUAAAUUAGUUUGAAUGUUAAGCUGAUGUACCUUUGUAGGUUCAGCAGGGAAAGUAUUGGACAAGAUCUGAUUAAAGAUCUAGUCUUCAUGAAGGUUGAAGUACCAAAGGUAGAAACACUAGGCUAGUGAAACCAUGUUAAUGUGCAGUGUUGACUUCUCUAAUUUGUACUGUAACACCCUUGCCCUUCCUAUUUUAAAUGAGUCCUUUUUCCUUUUAAAAGCAAGAAAGAUAUAAUUUCAUACUUUUUUUCUGAUGCAGAAUUCAGGUUAAUAUUCUACUGCAUCUGGUAUGUAUCAUAAUUUUGAAUCCCUGUGACCUUUUCCUUUGGACAUUCUUGUGCUUUUUCAUAUGCUGUAUUCCUCAAGCAAUAAAAUUCAAAUGUGUUUUUA